UUGGCUGUUGAUAUCGAUGGGGCUAGGCGAAUAUUCGUAGAGCUUUUCAUCUGCGAAUGAUACAGACAUUGUAUCAUAUCGGACAGAGAGCAGAAAAAACACAUUUCCUCAGACAAAAUCGGCUAUAUAUAAUCGGGAGUGCUGCUAAGAGGAGGAUAUAAAAUAUUUUAUGCAAGAUAGGCAAUUGUGCGAGACAUGUUUUGGAUAUUAUCGCGAAAAUGCAAUGGAAAAUGUUUCGUUACCUGGAAUUUUAUCAUUUCUAAUUGUGUCUAAAGCGUGACAUUUGUUAGGAUUUUCAAAACAGAAUUAAUGUGUGAUAAUAAACAAGCCGAUCGCAGUCGGAAUUUUAAUACCAUGCCAUUUUCAUGUGGAAAAUCCUUUGGUAAAAACUGAUAAAUGUCAACUAUACAUAAUCAAACGACAUUUUUCUGUUUUUCUAAGUUAACGCAUUUCAAAUAUUAGGUUUUUGCUUGUAAGAUCUGAAAACAAAUCAAUUAUUUAAUUUCGUUUCUGUAGAUUAAGAAGCCUUAAAAUUCAUCUUGACUUAUGAAGAGAUUCACUACAGCAUUUUGGAUGGUGUGGUUUCCAACUUUAUUCAUUUAAUACAUAACUGUCGACGAGAACGAGUGUCGGAUAUGUGGUAAUUGAAUUUACAAACAAAUAAUUGAGUCGUCGUAGUUUGUCGAUGGAAACUGCUUUCUAUCAUGAAAUACGAGUCAACUUGCGAAACAAAAGUCCGUUGAGAUCAAGAUGCAGUUGUUUUGGUAUAUGAUGGCUUAGAAAAAAAAACUGUAAUAUUGUUAGCGUAAUAUUACCGUUGGAUACCCGCUUUUCGAUGUUGGUAACGUUACAAACAUGUGAAAAACAAUGUACAUUAGAUGGAUAAAACGUCGAGACAAUUUUGACGUUGGGAAUUAUCUCCUUGUUGCUGUUUGGAUAUCUGUGAUCAUGGAUAUAUGCGCACAAUCAGCGCGAAGCUAUCGUCAGACCAUUCCGAAAUUUGUGAAGACUCCGAACAACGUAACAGUACAUCGAGGGGAGUUAGCUGAACUUAUGUGUCACAUAAAGGAUCUUGGACCAAGAACUGUGGUGUGGAGAAAAGCUUCAGAAGAGAAUCCUCUCACAAUAGGCCUGAAUACGUUUACACCUUCAGCUGCCGUCAGUGUCAGCCAUGAUGAACUAUCAAAUAGCACGAGUAAAUAUAACCUCAUGAUAAAAGACGUUCAGACAAAACAUGCUGGCGUGUACGAGUGUCAAAUAAGUGCCAGUGGGAUUUACACACAUUACGUUGCGUUAAAUGUUUUAAGUACUCCAGCUCGGCGAAAACCAAAGGUUCAAGUCAGUGGAACCGAAUAUGUGAGCCAGUACAAUGACAUUCAUCUUGUGUGUAAUGCCACGGGUGUUGAACGCGCACCAGAGGAAAUUGACUGGUUUUUUAACGGAAAUAAGAUUUUGACAUCGCAUCCACAUUGGUAUGGACGGAUUGAAAUAGUUAAGCAUAAGCCUGAGCCAGGACUCUCAUUCAUCAGUGAGCUCAUUAUCAAUCUUAGUUCCAUGCAGGAUAACGGAAACUAUGUGUGCCGAAGUUCAGAUCUAAGUGUUGAUAGCCUUACUGUUCAUGUUUUAAAUGCGGGAAAAAAUACCGGUAUUGUUGUUAGAGCACCAGGAGAAGAAAAGGGGUCCAUGAGGACCGCAGAGACGACGGGUACUAACAAAGCUUCUACACAUUCUAACUUUCUCUUUCUUACCAUACUGUGUAUAUGUUCAUUGACCAUAUUUUAAAAUGUGCUACCUUAAACAGUGAAAGUGAUAUGUGUGCAUAAGGUACUACCUUACCUUACCAUGUUUUGAAAAAUGCUACCUAAGGAACUAUGUUACCUUACUAGGUUUGUAAUAUGCUAUUUUACAAAAUUACAAUGCUAUGUGUUAUUUUUGUUCGAAAAUAUAUAUUGCCAUGUGCAAUUAUAAUGUGAGAAUUAAUACUCUUGUUGUAAAUCAUGUCGAUAUAGAACAUAUCGACUGUUCAAUUGGUCAUUUUUUGUUUUCAUUGUAACUCAUAUAUGAUGCUUUUGUAUAGUUGUAUUAUUGAUCGAUCGAUCGAUCUAAUCUCGAUAUUUCAAUCGAGAAGAAACAAAAAAACAUAGAUCAUGUUUAUGUCUUGCAUAUCAAACUCUUCGUUUAUCUGUCUAGUUUUCUUUUACACUUAUCGUUUUAGGAGGCCAUUACCUGUAAAAUGGUCAUGUACAAUGAUAACAAACUGAACUAGUAUACUAUAUCUCUAACACAUUAAUGUAUUUUAGGCUGUAUUCCACAAACCUAGUAACGCUGAUCGAAAGCAGUUAUCGUGAGAUCUACUUUUUGACAUGCAAUGUGAAAAGAAUUAAUGCGCCAGGGUUAUAAAAUGGGACAAAGGUUGUUAUGCGGUUUAAAAUAGUGCUAAUUUAUAAAAUACUUAUACACGAUUUCAAUGUGAGUUUGAAAGAAAUCCCGAGAAUCAUAAACAAAUAUUGAUAAUGAACCAAAGGUAUUGAUGAGUUUAGUUAGUUACGCAGAAAAUGGAAAGGUAUGGACGGAAAGCCUGCCUUACUUUACCUUAUAUAUUAGAGUAAAAACGUCCUUAACCAAAAUCGGGUUUCAUUAAAUUACAUUUACACUAGCAAUAAACUGGCAAUAUAGCGCAUUGUUUAUAUAUCAUUGUACAUAUAGGUUUAUCAGUAAUUGUUAUGAAACUAGCUAUAGAAUUGUAUUACAAAUUUACCAAUUUAACAGCCUAUUCCAAUGUAAUUACAGUCUCUUAUCGUUUACAGUUUUAGACCACUUAAAAUAUUUUUUCGAUUCGAUUUUCAAUAUUCCUUGUGAACAAAAAUGUUAAAAAAAGUACAACUCACUUGUCGCGCCUACAACCUUCCAACGCUUUCAGCGUUUUCAUUAUAUUCUGUUUUGAUUUAUUCGUAAGAAAAUUAUGUGCCUCUGAUCAAUAUUUACUAAUUCAAUGAAAGGUCUUUGAAAUCUCAUGGCACAUUAAAUUUCAUUACAAUAAUUUUAAUUUCCAUUAUUUUGUCUGUAAUCCGGUCAUGCGGCACGGAAACAUUAUUGUAAAUUAUUAUUUUUAAAAUAACUGUGAAUAUAAUAUGUUUAUUCCAAUUAAAUUUAUAUCAAUGUUAUAUGUAAGA